AACCCAAACUUGUAGAAAACAAAAUAACGGGUUAAAAUUAAGGAGUGGCAAUGGGAAGCACAGGGACUGAGUUGUACUUUGUUUUCAUGAACUAUGAUCCGGAGUACCAGCGACUACGAGCUGAUCGAACUAAGAAAGGAGCGUACGAGCUUGAUCUGUAUCUGAGUAAGAAGCACGACGAGCUUCUGGAAAGCACUCUUCAAGCUGGCACCUACAGGAGGACCUUGUCUUUGGUCAUUGUUGACGGCUUUGCUGUCGAAAUCACCGAAACUCAGGCCAAUGUGCUUAGAUCUGCAAAUGGGGUGAGAGUUGUAGAGAAGAAUCAAGAGCUUGCUUAGUGCAAUGCACAAAGCUUGAAGUUAGCACAAGAUUGUUCAACAUUUGUACAUGUAGGUUUAAUUAAGCUUUCUUUGUUCAAUAAAGAAAGGGUCUAAGCGUUCUAAGGCUCUGAUCAUUUCAAU